AUGUGGAGGCGGCGCCUGUGCGGCGGCGCGGCGGUGACGCUCCACUUCUCUUUGCGUUGCAGCAGCAGCAACCGACCGCAGCCGCCUGCCUGGAUUUCGCAGCUGCGCAGCGACGCCAAGCAGUCGGAGAAGGCCAUCUCAUACGACGUGAAGAUCUACGACGAGCUCGCGUGGCGCAAACGGCGCUUCUGCUUCGACAAGGAGGUGUGGGACCCGGCGCAAAUGAGCAGCAUUGUGCGACGCCGGCUGUGCCUCGGCAGCGAGGACGCGGAGUACACCGUCAUCGGCGAGGCCUUCGCGUUCCCCGACCGCGAGGACGCCCCCGUCGUGAAUGAGCCACAGCACCCGUGUAGGCUGCUCUGGGACCACAACAGCCCCGCGGAGAAGCUGCUCGUGCAGCUUUCUGACCACUUCCCGCCGCUGCUGUGGCACGCCGUGCGGCCCACCAUCGACUCACUGAAGCGCAUCUUUGGUGAGUUCCUCGACGUGGAUGCACAGCACAUGAAGAAGUACCUUCCGUACUACGAAUCCGUACAAAAUGCCAUCGAGACGGCAACGAACGAGACGCUUGGCGCCACGCUGAGCCCCGCCAGUGUGAAAGAGCGCUUCGUUGAAGACAUGCGCCGCCGCGAUCCAAAGAGCAUUGAGAUGGACUACUCUUGCGAACACAACGUCUUCUUGGGCACCUCUCCGCACUUCCGCCUUGUGGAAGACAAGAUGAUGAAGGCAAAUGCCUUCGUGUUCGGCUGGCCGCUGCUGCUGAGCGACGGCAACGAGCACCUCGACGGCACGCCGCUGCGCAUGGCCGCCUUUCGCAGCGUCUACUCCAAGUCACUGCUGAUGUUCCACACACGCCUCGACCUUCAGGUGGAUCACCGCCUCGCGUGCCUCGACGCGGGCGACAACGAGGAGAUCCUACUGGAGGUCCCCAUCUUCUGCACCGUCAACUACCCGCAAAAUACACGCCUGUGUGGCGGCAGGCCGCUUGUGCAGCGCUUCAACGACGUUAUGGGCACAUCGUAUCCGCUUGAUAUGCCCGUCGACGUGCUCGCUGCGCUGGCGAGGGAGACCACAACGAAGGGGGUGACGGAGCUGCUGCAGGAGCUCAAGUUCCUCAGCGCUGCAGCCGCCCGGGCGCCCGACGUGGAGCGCGUGUUCAGAGUCUCCGAGGACCAGCUAAGCUCCAACCGCGUCGUUGGCCAGCUCGCGUACACCAUUCUCUACCUCGCGCUUUUGGGCCACGACCGCUUUGUCGAAGAGGUCUUUGACGCAUACAAGGAACACAAGAGCGAUGUGGUGCGGGUGGCGUGCGCAAAAGGGGCCCACAUCGCUGAGCGGCCAGACCUCAUCGAGAAACUCGUUGCUGCGGAGCCGGAGGGGCGCUGCAAAAAAAUGAUGCAGGCAGCCAUGCACAGUGUAGAAACAACAGAAACGGCGACGCAGCCGUAG